AACAAAAAAGUCACAAAAAAUGUAUUAAAAAGCAGCUGGUGUUCAGUAUAGUUGUUGGGAAAACAACUCAAAACGGGAAAAGAAGAGGAUGGAAAAGACCGGUUUGAGGGCUGAGGAAGAGAGGAGGCAAAACAGCUCUUCUCCUCCUCUGUUACAGCUCUUGAAAGGCACAAAGCUGAAGGGGGGUCUUGCUAGUGGAGGACAAUUAAGACAAGUGUCCCGGAAGCAGGACUGAAGAGGGAAUAGAGCAUUUGAGAAUCCUCAAUGGAGGAAGUAGAGAUUUCCUAGCUUGCAAAAACGAGAAAAAGACGGAGAGGACAGAAAGUGGCCCCGUGUUUACAGCAAACAAGCUGGUAUCCAGAAAGGGAGUGGAGGGGGGCGGGGUGUGGAGAGAGAGAGAGAGCAACACAGAAAGGGGAAGGAUGAAGAGACCUGGGCCAGAAGAUGCAAAGAGAAAAGUCAGAGGCUGGGGGCAGAGAUGCACAAACCGUAACCGCUGAUAUUUGUAAGGCGCAGACUUGAUAAACAUCACAGGGGAAGGAGAGACGAGUCUGUGAGCUGACCUGGGAAAGGAAGAUCAGUCUCUUUCACCGUUCCGCAAUCACAAAAGAGCCACAGCGUUAGCAGAGUGGGAAACAACAGAAAUCUGUCUUUACUACUUACCUGCUCCUGAUCAAAAGAGAAGCCAUGUGGUUGAGACUCCCUAUGUCCCGAGUGCUCUUUUGAUAUCUGGACGUAUGGUAUUACAUUUCAGGAAGACCAUCUGUCAGUAUUUCAUUAUUUGUACUCCGUGGAGCAUUUGUGGGUUUUUGCUUUGCUGAUUGUUCUUCUCUUAUUCAUUUCAAGACUUUGAGAAAUGGGGGGACUACAUUCUGGACAUCUAGAUGCCAGACAACGCAAACACUUAGCAGGUUACACAGGAGCAGUGCUGAAGGAUUUUGCCCCACACUAUCAAAGACAGCUGCCGGUUGCUCUCCUGGAGCACAUCCAAGAGGAAGUUGGGCACAGGAAAGGCUGUGACACUCGACUUCUGCACAAUCCAGAUGCAGUGUCAGGGAGUGACGUGGUUUUGGAGGGGAACUUGCAGGUGUUCCAGGAUGGCAAGUGGAGAGAGCGCCACCUCCUGGUGACAAAAGAAUUUGCAGUGGAGAGUCGGGACUCCAAAGAGGUGUUUGAGAAAGGCUGGGAAUGCAAAACCACUCUAAUCUUAACGGGCUCCCAGGUCUCCACAUCUCUAGAGGAACACUGCCGCCUGCUGGACACGAUGUGCCAACACAUCAAAGGUAGCCAGGGUGGCAAGAUGCCCUUUUCCGAAUGCCCCACUGAGUUCCCUGUCUUCAUCCACCACCCCUACCUCGCGCCGUUGUGCGUGGCAACAAACUCCAAGGAAACGCAGCUACAGUGGCAAAGGGUUCUGCAGUCCGUUGUGCUGCACCACAGCACAGUACUCCAGAGGAAAGGGAAUGUUGAAACCAGAGCCUUCUUGGAAGCUGUGCGUUUUUACAGGCAAGAGAAGGGCAGCUAUGCCACAGGGGUCCUGGCAAUGGGGUCAGAGGAGGAGGUCUUGUCCAGCGUCAUCGUCGAAGAUCUCCUGCCUGCUCUGAGAGAUCAGCUCUUUCCCCGAUUGGUGCAUUCGAAGAGCAAGAAGGGAUAUGUGUGGUUACAGCUACUUUCACAAGUGUACAGUCUAGUCCUGUCCCAGGUGACUGUGGAGCUCAGUGUGCUGAUGAAGGAGGUCACUCAACGGCGCCCUCAGCUGGAAAGACAGAUUCGCUCUGACCUGGAUCAGAUCAGCACACUGCAAGACCAAAUUGCUCAGAGUAUCACAGAUGAAAUGUCCCUGGAGAUCGAGCAGUGUGUAACACGUCUGGUCACUCCUACUUUGAACUCAACCUACGAGGAGCUGGCCACGCCCCUCCACGCCGGAUUGGCUGCCAUCAGACAGCUGUUUCUGGAUGUCUGCGGUGACAUCAUCUGCACAGGCUGCACUGGCCAAUCACUGCAGGAGCUGGUGAGCCCUUUGUGUAGUCUCGGUGUCGGCUCGGCGCGGCUGUCAGACUGUCUGCUGCUCCUGGAAACAGCAGCAGAAAGGCAGAAAGGGUGGCAGGAAAGCUGGGGGAUCGAGAGCUGUAGGCCUCUGGUACUCCAGGCACAGAGCGCUGUGCAGCAGCUGCUGGAAAGUGCGGUCUUCACCUUCCGACGCCUUCUGACGCUGCAGUUCAGCUACUCCCUGAGCCCAGCACAGCUCAGCCAGGCUCUGCAGAGGGUGCACGACCGCGUCCUCAAGCAGCUGGAUCAUGACCUGGUAGUACUGCAGGCACAGCUGGCAGGCGACGCCUUGCUUCACAUCGCCCUGCCAAUGCUGCUCAAGGAACUGGUGCCCAGAUGCAAACUGCAUUUGACCAAGUAUGAACAGAUGGUGUUUUCAGACUACAGCGAUUUCCUCCACAUUGACAACAUCUUCCACAGUGUGCUGAAAGAAGCUCUGACAACAGAGAUAAGAGGCGUUCUCAAGGACACACCCAAGAAGUACAAACUGAGCUUGCAUUGUCCCAGCCUGGCUUUACUGAACACCCCUGAGCAAUCAUACAGUGUAUGGCCAGCAAGUUCCCGAGACAGGUCCUACAGUCAGCUCUCGGGCUCCACCACGCUAACAUCAAGUACCAGCUCCUAUGAGAACCUAUGGACCAGCACUGAGGACAGCACAGUAGACAAUAGCAUGACCAAGCAAGCUGACAACCUGAAAACCAGAGCCAUGUGCCACCCAGUGCAUGCUGGGAACCCAGAGUUCACCACCAAUCAGAUGUGUCCAAACCAGAGGCAAUGGGGACAAAACAAAGGAAGAAGGGUUGCUGUUUCAAACAUGGACAGUUCAAUGCAAGAUUUCACUACAUCAGGGCAAGCUUCUAGGCUGAAUGGGGACUAUAUCUCUCUGGUUGGCACUGGCAAAGAUCGGCAUCUGUUUCCUGAAGGAAAGCAGCAGUAAGAAUUUGAGUCUGGGCAAAAUCAAACAGAAUGUUUCCCGAAGAUGUCCCACACUGUCAAAUUCCUUGAGACUUUUUACUUUCUUUUACAUAUCCAUGUAUACAUUAAAAUAAAUGGUUUCUCAGACA